CAGGUUCGAACCCUGCUGUCGACGUUUUUACUUUUAUUUCAUUCAAUUCUCAGUUUGGGAGCUGAGAAAAAAACGCAGGAAAAUUUUUCUUUUUUUCUUUCUCAGAAAUAAGCACAAACUAUUUCUUUUUGCUCGCGAAACUUUCUCGGCAACCAAACAGAUCCUCAACUCAGAUGGAAGACAAAACAGCGACCGCGAUAACGAGCUCUAAGAGCACACAAGAGCUGGCCAUGGAUGGCCAGAAGGUUCUGGAAGAAACCAUAGAGUCCGCUUUCCAAAUCCUCACCUCCAUGAACGACGAGCUCUGCAACCCUUCCUUGUGGUGCACCUCCACUAUUUCUUCUACUACUACGAACGGUCCUUCCUCCCAAUCCUCAAACGGCGUCGUCGUAAACGGCGACUUGGCUUCUUCCGAUAAUUCCGCGCAUCACGGCGAGAGUGGCGGCGGCGGAAGUGGAGGAGCUCUCGAAGAGGCUCGGGGUCGGUAUAAGAACUCGGUGAACUCGCUCCGUACGAUUCUCGCCGCGAUUCCGAACUCGCACAAGUCGAAAGCAUUUGAAAUGGACUCAACUCCAGGCGGCCCGCUAUCCCCAGAGGCUGACAUUGAGAAGUUAGAAGAGCGAGCCUCUAAUCUAAGAAAGGAGCUUGCAAACAAGAACAACUAUCUAAAGGUUCUCAUAGAUCAGCUACGAGAUCUUAUUACUGACAUAUCUACAUGGCAAAGUCCUUGUGCUGUCUGAAGUUCAGUAUAGAUAUCUUCGUCCUAAAUAAUGGUGCUGCCUAAGAAUUGACUUAGCCCAUAUUUCCACAUGAGGUGAUGAUGCUUCCAUCCCGACUUUCUUUCUCUUUCUGUUGAACUUAGAGAUAUAUUCAUUUUUGAAGUUAAAAGGAGGAUGAUCAGGUUUCACAUAGGAAUAGGAUUAUUUCAGAGAAAUUUUGAAUGAGAAAUAGUGAAGCGAAGGAUUUUGUAUAUCCUAAUUUUGCUGUAAAGGAUUGGAUUUGAAUAGUCUAGUUUAUGCUUGGUAGUCAUUAAUGUGAUGAGAUUUUUCAUUCAAUUUAUGUACGAAAUGACUCAGCUAGAUUUUAAUGCGUAAUUUGAUGUAUAA